AGAAUGCUAUCCAAGAUUUUCACGCUAAAAUCUAUAGAGAUAGUUUUCUAAAACUAGAGCUGACCCAUUGGAGUAAAUUUCAAUAUUUUCACUUCCCGAGCUACCUCUCUUUUCUAUAUGACCUAGCUGGACUAUCCAAAGAUUUAGCUGAUUUUAGGAGAAGAUUAAAUUCUGAUUAUCUCGGCUUUAUCCGAUUUUAUCUUGAAAUGGAGAAAGAUAAGGACAAUUACAAAAUUGUCUGCUUAUUUCAUGUGAUCUUUAUGGUCUUCAACAGGCUCCCUGAUCAGGAAAAACUCGCAACUUUUUUUGCUAAAUUUAAAAAAAACACAUUUCCUUACGAACUGUUGGACAUUUAUGACCGAUCCGUGGAAUUAAAGUCAUUUAUCCCUUAUGAGGCAUCGUUUAAAAUUACUAAAAUACUCCCAUCGCCUCCUCCAGACUAUGAAAAUCUGCUAAACAUAACCAUGCAAAGGAAUGCCCUUUCAUCUGAUUUCUUCAAGGGAAAUGCAAGCUUUACAUUCUUUAGUGAUGCUGCUUCAGUUGAACAGAAAUUGAAAUCAACAGUGUCCACUGAUGAGCUUCUUUACGGGUUUCCCCUGGGAGCCUUAAAAGACCCCAGGCUUCUCGCCCAAAUAUUGCUUUGUGGGUCGGUUGAGGAACUGGGGACAUUUUUCACAGUCAAUUCUGAAAAGGUCCCGGAGCUACUUGAUCUUUUGUGGUCCCAUUUCAUCACAUUCUUUUAUUGCAAGUCUUCCUUUUUGCAAAAAAAUACUUUUUGCCAGGCCUGGUUCGAGGAAAAGGAAGCUUCUACUCAACAAGCAGGAGACAAGCCUGGUCAACCAUUACCUGUCACUGUGCAAGACAAGGUUUUCAUUCUCAUCGAGUUUUUCACAAAAUAUCCGUUGUAUGAAGAACAGAGGACCAUUAUGUCGACAAUUUUAGACAAAAUGAUGCACGGAGGGUCUUACGUUGUGCAACAGGGCAUGGCUGGCGGAAAGACCACGCGUUUCGGUCCGGUUGCCGCAAUCGUGGCAACAUCGGUGUUGAGGAAAUUGCCGAUCUUCAUCUUUCCCAAUUCCAUCCUCAACCAAAACAUUUUGCAACUUCAGCAGUGGAUUUUUGACUUUUUCGGCAAAAGCGUUUUCGAAUUCAAAUCAGAACGAUCGCCUUAUGGAUACAGCGAACCGUAUCUGCGCUAUCUGUACUAUCGCCUUACAAUGGCCCAUGAUCGCGGCGAUGUGUUUGUGUCUUCGAUGAACAGCAUCCAAUGCUUGCUGAAUGCUAGGAAGGAACUGCUAUUGCAAAACAUGGAAGAAUCAAAAGAGUCUCUUGCUUGGGUUUUGAGAAUCUUGCACUUCAUUGAGCAUUACUCGAUAUUUGUGCUUGACGAAGCGGACGAGAUCAUGGAUGCUUCCGUUCUGUACAACUUUGA